UCAGCACUGUGUACAGUCACUCGCUGCUUGUGUGAACUUGGGCUGGGCAGGGCUGGUUUAUUCCAACCUGCCUUUGGCUGUGGGGUGUCAGUGUUAUCUGCAGAGGUGACGUCACUCAGCCAUCCGAGGGAGAGAGAGAGUGGGAUCCGCCGGUGUCAUGGCUGACAUGUUGGAGAGGAAGUGAUUCCUAUCCGCACAAGAAAAGUGUGCAUUUAAUACCGAUAAGCCGUCUGGGGAUCGUUCUCGAAAGACACAGAAAAGGUUUAGGGGAGCGGUCCGCCGCUUUCGUAUCCAAGGGCGGUUCCAGUCGCAGGAUCGAGUUGUAAUUAUUGUCAAUUUCAACCCAGAAUAGGGGAAGAUGGCGGACCCGGCGGAGUGCACAAUAAAAGUGAUGUGCCGUUUCAGGCCCUUGAAUUCAUCCGAAGUAGCAAGAGGAGACAAAUACAUCGCCAAAUUUCAGGGGGAUGACAGCGUGGUCAUCGGGGGUAAACCAUAUGCAUUUGACAGAGUGUUCCAGUCAAAUACUUCACAAGAACAAGUGUACAAUUUAUGUGCACAGAAAAUUGUCAAAGAUGUGCUGGAGGGGUACAACGGUACAAUAUUUGCUUAUGGGCAGACGUCUUCUGGUAAAACACAUACCAUGGAGGGGAUCCUCCAUGAUUCAGAUGGAAUGGGUAUUAUCCCAAGAAUAGUACAAGACAUUUUUAAUUAUAUUUAUUCCAUGGAUGAAAACUUGGAGUUUCAUAUUAAGGUUUCAUAUUUUGAAAUUUAUAUGGACAAGAUUAGGGACCUUUUGGAUGUUUCAAAGACUAACUUGGCUGUCCACGAAGACAAGAACAGAGUUCCGUAUGUCAAGGGAUGCACUGAACGGUUUGUCUGUAGCCCAGAUGAGGUUAUGGAUACCAUUGAUGAAGGAAAAUCUAACAGGCAUGUAGCAGUAACAAAUAUGAAUGAGCACAGCUCCAGAAGUCACAGUAUCUUCCUUAUUAACGUGAAACAAGAAAACACUCAGACGGAGCAGAAGCUAAGUGGAAAACUGUACCUGGUUGAUUUGGCGGGUAGUGAAAAGGUCAGUAAAACUGGAGCAGAAGGAGCAGUGCUAGACGAAGCAAAAAACAUCAACAAGUCUUUGUCGUCGCUUGGAAAUGUCAUCUCUGCCCUCGCAGAAGGCACUACAUAUAUUCCAUACAGAGACAGUAAAAUGACAAGAAUUCUUCAGGAUUCUCUUGGGGGUAACUGCAGAACCACCAUUGUAAUCUGCUGCUCGCCAUCCUCGUACAAUGAACCUGAAACCAAGUCUACACUCAUGUUUGGUCAAAGAGCCAAAACCAUUAAGAACACGGUAUGUGUUAAUGUGGAGCUCACAGCAGAGCAGUGGAAGAAGAAGUAUGAAAGAGAAAAGGAAAAGAACAAGACGUUGCGCAACACCAUAACGUGGCUUGAGAAUGAACUGAACAGGUGGCGCAAUGGUGAAAGCGUGCCUGUGGAUGAGCAGUUUGAUAAGGAGAAAGCCAAUGCUGAAGUUCUUGCCCUGGAUAAUGUCGCCAACAACGAAAAACCUGCUCCCACUCCAGGGGUCCCAGGAGUGAAGCUGUCUGAUGCAGAGAGGGAGAAGUGCGACGCAGAGAUAGCGAAACUUUACAAGCAACUUGACGACAAGGAUGAUGAAAUCAACCAGCAGAGCCAAUUGGCAGAGAAGCUGAAACAGCAGAUGCUGGACCAGGAAGAGCUUCUGGGCACUUCCCGGCGUGACCAUGACAACAUGCAGGCAGAGCUGAACCGGCUGCAGGCUGAGAACGAGGCCUCUAAAGAGGAGGUGAAGGAGGUGCUGCAGGCCUUGGAGGAGCUGGCUGUCAACUACGACCAGAAAUCCCAGGAGGUGGAGGACAAGACCAAAGAGUUUGAGAUGCUGAGCGACGAGCUCAACCACAAAUCGACUGUCCUGGCCUCCAUCGACUCUGAGCUUCAGAAAUUGAAGAUGACGACUAAUCACCAAAAGAAGAGAGUCACAGAAAUGAUGUCAUCCCUACUCAAAGACCUGGCAGAAAUAGGAAUUGCAGUUGGAAGCAAUGAUAUCAAGCAACAUGAAGGUAGUGGCCUGAUCGAUGAGGAGUUCACUGUGGCUCGCCUGUAUAUCAGUAAAAUGAAAUCGGAAGUGAAAACGAUGGUGAAACGCUGCAAGCAGCUGGAGAGCACCCAGGCUGAGAGCAACAAGAAAAUGGAUGAAAACGAGGGCGAGCUGGCAGCCUGUCAACUCCGCAUCUCCCAACAUGAGGCUAAGAUCAAGUCCUUGUCGGAGUACCUCCAGAAUACAGAGCAGAAGAAGAGACAGCUGGAAGAAACUGUGGACUCUCUCAAUGAAGAGCUGGUGAAGAUCAAUGCACAGGAGAAAGUCCACGCAAUGGAGAAAGAGAGUGAGAUUCAGACUGCCAAUGAAGUCAAGGAAGCUGUAGAGAAGCAGAUUCAUAGCCAUCGCGAGGCUCACCAGAAACAGAUCAGCAACCUUCGGGAUGAGCUGGACAAAAAGGAGAAGCUCAUCACUGAGUUCCAAGAUCUGAACCAGAAAAUCAUGCUGGAGCAGGAGCGCCUCCGCAUUGAGCAUGAGAAGCUCAAGACCACUGACCAGGAGAAGAGCCGCAAGCUGCAUGAACUGACGAUUAUGCAGGACAGGCGAGAACAGGCAAGACAGGAUCUUAAGGGCCUUGAAGAGACUGUUGCAAAGGAGCUUCAGACUCUUCACAACCUUCGGAAGUUGUUUGUUCAAGAUUUGGCUACCAGGGUCAAGAAGAGUGCUGAGAUGGACUCUGAUGACACUGGGGGCAGUGCUGCACAGAAACAGAAAAUAUCCUUUCUUGAGAACAACCUUGAACAGCUCACAAAAGUCCACAAACAGCUGGUACGUGACAAUGCAGAUCUGCGCUGUGAGCUUCCUAAACUGGAGAAACGUCUUCGGGCUACAGCUGAGAGAGUCAAGGCCUUGGAGUCUGCGUUAAAGGAAGCCAAAGAGAACGCUGCCCGGGACCGGAAGCGCUAUCAGCUGGAAGUGGAUCGCAUCAAGGAGGCGGUGCGGGCGAAGAACAUGGCCAGGAGGGGGCACUCCGCUCAGAUAGCCAAACCUAUCCGUCCUGGCCAGCCUCCAGUUGCUUCUCCAACACACCCCAAUGUAAACCGCCCAGGCGGUGGAUUUUAUCAGAACAGCCAGACAGUUGCAAUCCGUGGAGGUGGUGGAGCGAAACAGGACAAGAGCAUUUUCAGUGGAGGAAUGCCUAGUGUUGCAGAAGCUGGAGAAAUUGGGUUCACACCAUCCUAUUUCAACAAAGCAGCUGAAGAACCAGCAUAAUGAAAGAGGAAGAUUCAGAUCUCAUCCAAACAACCCGUCAUUCCAUUGCAGUGAACUCUCCCGAUGAGGGUUCACAGGAUUAGUUCUGAGUUUAUAUCAAAUAAUAAUAUACCUGGCUUGUACAGUUCUACCCAGUGCUCUUUGUUUGUUUGUUUUUCUCUUCUCAUAAACAGAAAUUGAUUUCCUUACAAAACAUAAAACGCAAAAUUGAGCGUGCAAUCCAGGCAUCUUGCAAGUUAACUACAUGGGAGUUACAUGUGUAGCUCUGUUUUUAUUGCACAGUUUGUUGUCAUCCAUGUCUUAAAUUUAGUCUGCACUGUGCCAAGUUGAAUGUAUGUUACAGGUUUUCAAAAAAAAGGGUGGUGGGGGGGAUCCUUGCAGAAAACGUCAUAGCCUAAUGUGUGUACAUUUCAUUGUUUUAGGGGUUGUAAAACAAUAUCUCCAACUAGAUUUGAUAAGCUUGUUUUAAGAUUUGAAUCAAAUAGAUAAAACACUACUGUCCCAUUGUACAGAUUGAGAUAGCGCUGUAUGUUUUCUUGAAGUGGUUAUUUGGAGUCUGGACUAUAAACUGUAAUAAAUGCAGUCUAGGUGCACUCAAGACUGGAGCCUGUGGAAGCCAAGACCUUGGAAUUUUGCUAAGAAAUAAAAUUUUGUUUUAUUUUUAUUUCCAGUUGAUCAGAAGAUGAGGUUGCAGUACCAAGAAAGCUGCUUAGAAAUUAACAAUCAUACUUUUAUUGCCAGGUUGUCUGAAUGAAUCAAGUACUGUAUAAUAACAAAAAUGGUUAAAUGCAUUGUUACUGAAAUACCAUAAAAGGAAUACAAAACAGCCUUCAGUAGGCUGAAAUGGAACACUUGCUUGUCCUGUCCAUGGUAUUUUCCACAUGUUGGCUUUGUGUGCUUUAAAAGCUUCUGUUUUCAUUGAGUGGUUUUACCAAUAAAUGUUCAUUAGGACCAUAGAUAAAGUUUAAAACCAUUUUUUGUUUUGAUUUUUAUAAUUCAGUUUACGAGUUAAUGGGCAGGCUGCUUUAGAACAUUUUUUUUUUUUUUUUUUUUUUUAAAUUGAGUGGAGAAAAAUAAACAUUUUUAGCUUCAUAAAAUCAUAAAAUAAUGUUUGGAAUGUUGCAUGUAGAAAGAUUAGAUAGUUUCUGAAAUAAAAACAAUAUUGUAUUUUCUUUUGGGUUAUUGUGGGGGUACUCUUUAUCUGACUUUUUACAUAUGGCUUUGAGACCAAUUACCAUCAUGUUUAUUACUUUUUGUUGUGCAUGUGUCUUUUCUGUGCCUAGCUGUGGUGGUUUUGUAUUCUAAAUGAUUUGUUGGAGGCUGAGCUUGGUAAAUCAAGCAGUGUUUUAAAUGGAUGUGUACACACUCCUCUGAAGAAACAUGUCUUCAGAUCCCGUUCGAUUAGAUGCAUUGCUUCUGAUGCUGAUCAGCCAGUCAGUGUAUCAGGAGCCCUGAGGAAAGGCUGCAUGCACAACACGCUGGUCCUUUGUGUCUUGUUUCCAUGCACUUCUAUACAAUGAGAUUUACUUUUUUUUUAAGGCUUUAGGUUAUUUUUGUUUUGUUCUGCUUCAGAUUUUUUUAUAGUGCGUUUUAAAAAAUCUGUUAAGUAAUGUCUAACCUUGGAUUUUUCAUGUUUUAAUUUAGAAACAUAAAAAAGCCAUGUGUAAAUGCCACAGUUAGCCUAGUGCAACUGAAACCUCCAAUCAACAAUAUUGAAUAGCCUUGGUAUAAAUUAGCUAAAAUGGGGAGGGGGUGGCCCAUUCUGGAUAAGUUAGGGCAUGACUUGGUUCCUCCCCCAUCACAUGUGAUAAUUUCUCUGUAGCCACAGCAAGUCAGAUUCACUUGUUCUCCUUGACACAGGAUAAUAACCCACCUAAAUGUACAGCACUUUAAACCGGGUUCUGUUAUAAACUUUAACCAAACAAAACUGCACUUAAAAUUCGCCUAAAACAGGCAUAUUAAUCUUGAUUCUAAAUAAAAUAAUAAAUGUUCUGGAAUAUCUAUGAAAGCCAAUAUUUUCUAUACUCUUUAUAUUGGAGUUUCCAAUAUAGGUGACACAAAGUGUAAAUGUAAGCAAUGUUUACCUGGUUUGCCUUGAAACUGAACUUUGAACUAGUUUGGAGAAGUUGCUCUCAGCUAUGGCAAGUUACUGUACCUGGACAGGACAAUGCUCUUGUGUACACAGUGUUCUCAUGUAAACCUGUAGAACAGUAAAUGCAUUGCAGUGUAUGCUUCAAGUGCUUACUGUAAGCUUGUUUAUUCUAGAAAUUGAACACAAUUCAAUAAAAAGCCUAAUAUUUAUUCAUGGUGAUCAACUAAAUUAUUUGCAUUAACUUAAAAAAAAAAAAAAAAAAAAAAAUUAAUGAAAUUUAUUACUGUGUAAUAGUAACUAAAUUUUGAAAGAUGACAGUGAAAACUCCACCGAUUUGGACUACGGUACUGGAUCAUUCCUACUGAGCGAGGGUGUAGAAGAGGACUCUGAAAGGGGUUUGGGGGCAAUCUACUCUUGACUGACUGCAUGAUGUAAAUGUAUGUGUGAUUUAAAUAAAACCUAAUUUGUCUUCAAA